AUCUCUUUAAUAACGUCAUUCAAUUCAAAACCACUUGUUGUGACACUUCGCUUCUCAUUCCUCGUUUCUUCACGCCCAGAUUUCCUUUAUAUAUUUUCUGUUUUCUUUUACUCAAAACAAUAAAUAAAAAAAUGUUGAAGCUUUCGUGCAAUGGGUUGGACCGGGUGCACUCCCUGGCCCAAUGCGGCUUCGUGGGCCGGCCCGCUUGUGUUGUCCCUCGCCGGAGGAGGAGCGGCGCCGACGGGUUCCGGUAUCAGGGCGGCAGGGCGUUUCCGGUGGUGGCGGCGGUGGUGUCGGACAAGGGCGGCGCGGUGGUGAACCAGGUGGUGGCGGAGGCGGGAACGCUGGCGGACCGGCUGAGGCUGGGGAGCUUGACGGAGGAUGGGUUGUCUUAUAAGGAGAAGUUCAUUGUGAGGAGCUAUGAAGUGGGGAUCAAUAAGACUGCAACUGUUGAAACCAUUGCUAAUCUCUUACAGGAGGUUGGAUGUAAUCAUGCUCAGAGUGUUGGAUAUUCUACUGACGGUUUUGCAACCACCCCUACAAUGAGAAAACUGCGUCUCAUAUGGGUGACUGCUCGCAUGCACAUUGAAAUCUUUAAAUACCCUGCAUGGAGUGACGUUGUUGAGAUAGAGACAUGGUGUCAAGGGGAAGGAAGGGUUGGAACAAGGCGUGAUUUUAUACUGAAAGACCCUGCAACUGAUCAAGUUAUUGGAAGGGCAACAAGCAAAUGGGUAAUGAUGAAUCAGGACACCAGACGACUCCAGAAAGUUUCUGAUGAUGUUCGAGAGGAGUAUUUGGUUUUCUGUCCUCGAGAGCCAAGGUUAGCAAUUCCUGAGGAGGAUAGUAAUAGCUUGAAGAAAAUUCCGAAAUUGGAAGACCCUGCUCAGAAUUCCAGACUUGGACUUGUGCCAAGAAGAGCAGAUCUGGACAUGAACCAGCAUGUUAACAAUGUCACCUAUAUUGGAUGGGUGCUUGAGAGCAUGCCUCAAGAAAUCAUUGAUAGUCAUGAGCUGCAGAGCAUUACCUUGGAUUACAGACGUGAAUGCGGACAAAAUGACAUAGUUGAUUCCCUCACUAGUGCGGAAAUGAUCCAUGGUGGUGCCGAGGUGGUUCCAGAACUCAAAGGAACAAAUGGAUCUGCCAUGGCAAGGGAUGACAAACAAGAACGCCAGCAGUUUCUGCAUCUACUUAGGUUGUCUACCGAUGGACUUGAGAUAAACCGAGGACGGACCGAAUGGAGAAAGAAAGCUCCAAGAUGAAAACCAUUAAGUGUGCUUCCGCCUAAGCCUUAUUCAUGAUUCUGCUUUUUUUAUCUUUCUUGUGUUGUUUCAUGUUUCCAGGGUUGUCUUAUCAAUUUUCCUUCAUUAUUUUGCUUAGAGUUUGCACGCUUGAUAGGGCCGAGAGCUAGAUUUUGUUUCUGCAUUCUUGUCAUGCUCAUAAAUUUAAAUUGUUGUCCAAAUCCUGUAGUUAGAUUGAAUAGGUUGAUAUCAUUUUCUGAUACAUUGGCAUCAGAAUCCUUGAAUAUCAUUGUAUCUUAGGGGAGCUUUUAAUUUAUAUCCAGGAACCUGAACAAUGUGUGUUCUUAAAAUAAUUAUUUGAAAAUUAUUCAAUUUGCUCAUUAUCCCGUUUCAUAUUUAA